AUGCAGAUAUCAUUAGCGUUGCUUCUCGUUGCAGGAAUACCGAUCACAGUUGCUGCUGUAGAGACGAGUGACGAGAGCGAGCUGUGUAAUCCGCUUCUAUUGCCAUUUGUUAAUAUGCCAGGGAAUCCAUAUAGCAAGAACCUUUCCAUGAGUAUUAUCAACAACCCACACCCAGUAAUGCUCGGGAAUGUGGAGGGUAUGUUUCGGUGCACUAAUGUCAAUAGUUCAUGCUGUACGGCGGUCGCAAUGGAUGAGCUACGCACAAAAUUCAAUGUUGAGCGACAAAAACUCAUAGAUACCGCGGAGAAUAUCCGAAAUUUGACGGCAAUGCGAGAUGUCGAAGUGAACGAGCUCCAGUCGGGCCUCGACAAAGCAAUUGACGAUGUGAAAGGGUUUUUAGACUCGCUGCCGUUUCAAAGCGAAGAUCCUGUCGAGACGAGACUUAAGGAACUUUCUAAUGUUUUAAAGAGCAUGAUGGUACAUACCAGGCGAUGGAUCCAGGAAACACUGACUGCUUAUGGGCGGUGUCUGGACAGAACUCUCGAGUACAAUGCGGGGUUAAUGUGCUUAGCCUGCAAUACAGAUUGGACCAAGUACAUCUCAUACAAUAAAACAACCGGUCUUACCCUGCGCCUCUCCAGCAAUACGUGCGACACUUUUGAUCAUGGGUGUAGGGGUAUCUGGCAAGCGGCCACCAAAUACAUGAAGGCUCUUCGUGAAGAUGCCCAAGACGCAAGGAACAUCGCAAACCAUACUGAACCGCUGCCAGAUGUGCUUUCAGAAAGUCAAAUAUGUGGCAACAAACCAUGUCGCGAACUCGUAUGUAGCGAUAUGAUGAAAGGUCUCGUCUAUCACGCGCCACUUGCUCACUUGGCUCUAGUGCUAAACCACACCUCCAGCGAGUACGAUUCAUUCAAUGGAACCGGAAUAAUGGAGAGUAAGAGUCGCCGUGGACUGCCUGCCGAGUCGCAAAGACAAUACUCUGGUGCUGUAUCAAAAGCUAGCAGAAAAAUUGCGGACGUUGCUGCGGCCAUGUCAAAAAUCACUCCCUUCACUGGCCUAGCCAUGCAGUUUGGGUCGAACAAGCGCCGCAAGCAAGUAUCGGAGGAAGUUUAUUACACUGCCGAGUAUGUUGACGGUGGCUACUAUGCUACAGAUGCUGGUCGCUUGUACGCACAGGGCGUUGAGACAGAGUCUAAGGUGGAAGGUGUUGCAGUUUGUCCCGAUCCUGACAACGACCAAUGUAACCGCGCUUUUUCCGUGAGUCCUGCAAUCAGCACAAUAGCGUGUCUUUUGAUCGCAAAAAUCGCAGCGAUCUGA